CGGGGUCUCGUCCGACAACAUUUUGGCGGCAUUUCUGUCGUAAAACCGCCGGGAACUGAUUUUAGGGGCUUUAUUGACCUUUGGGUUUAUUUAUUUAUUUAUUUUUGGGCUCCCAUUGAAAUUUAAGUGAAAAAGUUUACGUUUGCAGAGGUUGAAGUGGUUUUAUUUUUGUCGCGUGGGGGUGGUGGGUGAAGGAAAGUGUCGGUGGGCACUCAUGGAUGUGGUGGAGCCGCUGGACGAAGACGGUGCAGGUGUCGAAAGAACAAUUACUGAAGAUCCAGAGAGGAAAGAAAGUGAGUCCAAUGCAUUCUAGAAAGUUCGAUAGCUGGUGAAGUGGUUCAAAAGAAGGAUCUGCAACUCAGCAGUGUUAUUUCUUCAUUUAAAGUGUGGUGUUGGACCGUUAAAAAAAAAACCUUUUUGGAAUGAACAUUUAUUUGCAUGAGGUUGACAUUAAGCCAAAGAAGAAUAAGAGGAAGUUCUGAUGGAAUCUGUGGGCUGUUUCUCAUCCAUGGAGGGAAAGAUUUCAGCCAGAAUAGAACUGGAAGAAUGUGGAAACACACCUGUCUUAUCAUUGGUCACUACUGGGACUAGAUCCUCCACUUAGCAUAUCAUCCAGGAACAGGUGCCCUUGGAAGCAUCAAUAGGCCUGGAGCACCCACUUUGAUGUACGUCUUAUUGACUGGCUCAGCCAAGGACUCUGCCCAAGUGUUCAAUGGUUCCUUUAUUAUUACAUGUACCAAGCUAUUAGAUGAGGAGUCCUUAUGACAAAUAUGAGCUGGGCCUUUUUAACACGUCUUCUUGAAGAAAUCCACAAUCAUUCCACCUUUGUUGGCAAAGUAUGGCUUACAGUGCUGAUAAUAUUCCGCAUAGUGCUGACUGCAGUUGGAGGGGAGUCCAUUUAUUCUGAUGAACAGAGCAAAUUUGUCUGUAAUACCAAACAGCCUGGGUGUGAAAAUGUCUGCUAUGAUGCAUUUGCACCUCUCUCCCAUGUGAGGUUCUGGGUUUUUCAGAUCAUCAUGAUUUCAACUCCAUCUGUGAUGUACCUUGGCUAUGCCAUCCAUAAAAUUGCCAGGUCCACUGAAGAAGAGAAAAAAAACAAGUUCUUCAAGAAUAAGAAAAUACCAACCAUACGAUGGCAAGUCCACCGAAAUUCAGAACAAACAGAGGAUGAAGAUGAGGAGGAACCAAUGAUCCAUGAAGAAGCAGACAGUGAGAAAAAAGAGACUGGCAAUGGUCAGAAGCAUGAUGGGAGACGACGCAUCUUGCAAGAAGGUCUGAUGAAAAUGUAUGUUUUCCAGUUGAUUUUCAGGGCUCUAUUUGAGGUAGGUUUCUUAAUGGGACAAUACUUACUGUAUGGAUUUGAAGUUAAUCCGUCCUAUGUCUGCACUAGAAGUCCUUGUCCUCAUACUGUGGACUGUUUUGUCUCCAGACCUACAGAAAAGACGGUCUUCCUCAUUGUAAUGUAUGUAGUCAGUUGUCUUUGUUUGAUUCUUAAUAUUUGUGAGAUGUUUCAUCUGGGCUUUGGAACCAUUCGAGACGUCAUUCGUAUCAAGCGGCGGAGCCAGAAUAACAACCGACCUUUUCCUUACCAUUACCCUCGGAACAUUCCGUCGUCACCACCAGGUUACAAUCUUGUAGUCAAAUCGGACAAGUCCACCAAGGUCCCUAAUGGUCUUGUUGCUCAAGGCCAACACUUAACUAAUAUAAUGCAAGACCAUCAAUCUUCUAGUCCAGAUGACAAUAUCCCACCUGACUUGGCAAGACUUCACAAACACCUGAAAGUUGCCCAGGAACAGUUGGACAUUGCCUUUCAGGGUUAUAACAUGCAAGAAAAUGCACAGAAAUCCAGGACCAGCAGCCCAGCAUCAGGAGGUACUGUGGCAGAACAGAACCGUGUCAACACUGCCCACGAGAAACAGGGAGCUAAGCCCAAACCUGGUUCAGAAAAAGGCAGCUCCAGCAGCAAAUCUGGAGAUGGGAAAACAUCUGUUUGGAUUUAAUUUUUGUUUAUAUUCAAUUAAGUUUACAAAUAGUCCAUUGAAAAAAAUAUGGUGAUAGUCACUACCUGCGUAUUUUACUACAAUCUGCUAUCUAUUAGAUAACCAUUAUAUAAGUUUGGUUCUUUGGGUUACUGGAAUAUGGUUUGUAUUCAGUGCUUCCAGCAUGAAAUUUUUCAUGGCAGGAUUAAUCAAAGAAUUAGCCAUGUAUGGUUGAUUUCCUAGUCCUCAAAAUCAAUGGACGGUCACAGUAAUCGGGCACGGUUAUCUGUGUACAAGUUCCCUGAACUGUAAACCAAGUUGCGGUAGUGGGUUCAUAGGGUAUCCUCUCCUUAAACAUUAGAAAUCUGCUUGUGCUCAACAUCAAACAGUAGUAACCUCUGUGGUUCAUUGUACCAACAGGUUUCUGUACUAACUGAUAACAGUUAGCUUUAUUUCAAUAGUUGUUUCUUAGUAACCAAUUCAUAUUAUGUUCAUGGGUGGGUUCAAAAGGACGAGUUCUCCAAAUUGUAAAAUUUAAAAUGGAAAUAUAAAUAUGAGUUCUCCAAAUUGUAAAUUAAAAAAUGAAAAUAUAAACACUGAUAUAAUUUUUAAAGGCUAUGUUUUUUUUCUGAACCAUAUUUUUUGUUAUUUCCUUCCAUGUGAAAGAGACUCUCCUCAAUCGCACAUUGUUUGCCAUCUUCCAGACCCAAAAGCUGACAUUUUCAUGCUCCAUUAUACUUGUCCUCAAUUCUUUCUAUUUAUAAAUUUAUUUUGUGUUGUCCAUAUUAUCUGUUUUUGAUGAUUUUGUCCCUCAAAAAAUACAAACUAUCAUUACACAAGUUGAACAAUUUUAUCUUAAUAGGGAUGUUGACCUAGGAAAGUUGGCCAGGGAAUGUCAUAAAUCAUAUGUGAGAUAUCUCGCUUCUAUAAUUUAUAAGGGCAUUGUGAAGAAUGCUCUUUUUAUAAAACAGAAUGGCAGAUUCUGGUUAAAAUUGCUGGGAAUGUUGUCAUUACUUAAAAUGUUAAUCUAGAAUUUUUUUUAAAUGCUGUUGGUUAGUAAAGGCCUUCAUACCAAUGGAAGAUUGAUUUAUAUGACUGCAUUUGAAAAUUAAAGCUGGUGCUACAGUGCACUUAAGCUAAACGUCACAGUUUAAACCAUUAUGCACAGAACUUCACUGACUACCAACUUCCAUCAAAGGGAAAUAAUCCUGAAAUCUGGAAGUUUUGAUAAUCUGUUUGGCAAAAGAUGUUAAAUAAAUGUUUAAAAUGUCCAGCAGGUUCAUUAUAGAUAUUUUAUUUUAACCAUAGAGGAAUGCUUUUGUACUAGCUCAAUAAAAGAGCCAACUAUUUAAAUCCAACCCAAUACCAUUUUGUUUAUGCAUUCAUAGGAUGUAGCUGACAAAGCCAACAUUUAUUGCCCUUCCCUUUUUUGUUCUCAAGAAGGUUCUGGUGAAAGGCUUAUUGGCCUGCAGCAGGAUUUCUAUUAAAAAAGCACUACUGGCUAGGGAUCUCCAGAAUCUUGAACCAGAAUGAAUUAUAAUACACUUCCAAGUCAGAAGGUAUGUGACUUGGAGGGAAACUUACAGGGAGUGGCAUUCCCAUUUGCUUGCUUCCAUUGUCUGUUUAAAUUAUGGUAAUUGCAGGUAGUUAAGUUGAGGAAGUCUUGGUAAGAUAAUGUAUUUUAUAUUUGUUGCAUACAAAGUCCCAUCAGUGAAGAAAAUAUUCAGGGUCACAAAGCAAGCCACUUAUCAUAGGAUACCCAUCCGACACUAUGCUCGUGUUCCGAUAAUAUUUACAUGACUGCUCAAGUACUGGUGAAUGAAGCCCAGGGAUUUUUUUGACGGACUUAAUAAUGGUAAUGUCACUGGAUUUUGGGAUGGGGUAUGUUUAGAUGAUCUUAUUCUUUAUCAGAACUUAUAAUUUUGGCAUGUUUUUUUUCUCUGAUUAAAUCUUACAAUUUGUAACCCAAUCUUACAAUUUAUACCCCUAUUCUUUGUGAAUAGGGGAUCAGAAUGUGAUUGUGAAAGCAAAUUAGAAAUAAAAUGGAGUCCAAAAAUAUGGUAGAUUUAACUUAUGGCAAUAAUAACUUUAACCAUUUGUAAGAUGUAGGUUCAAAACAUUUCCUAAAUGUUUUGGGGUUUAUUGAUAAAAUUGGCCGUCAGUUUCUAAAAGUAACUUACAGAUUUGAUUUGCAUAAGUUACUCUUCUGUUUCAUAACAGUCAUGUAUGCUUUGUACAGAUUCACAUGACAUUAACUACAAGCAGAUGGUGUGAGUUAUUUGCAGUUUGCAUUAGUCUUUUUAAACAAUACAAUUCUAUUCAAACUGAUGGCACUCAACAGUAAAAACAAUAGUUCAGUAUCAGAUAUAACACAUGCAAUCAUGUAAUUUACACACAAUGAUAUUUUGUGAUCAGUGAAUCACAAUAGAUCUAUCGUGUGCCUGUAAAUUAAAUAUUCGACUAUAAUUUCUCUUUCCUGGUCUCCUUAAAUUGCUCACCUGCUAUAGUAGAGAAGAUGAAUAGAUUUCAAUUGACUUGCUCCCAAACCUUCUUUCUUGCUCCUUCUUGAGCUAAUAUGCAAUGGAACAGCUUGGGGAUUAAACUAUUUCACAAGGAAACUAGUCCACCCCAUUAUUCUUUAAUUAUUUCUUUGGAAACAGCUGACUUUUACUUGCAAUCUUCCCCAAGUCAGAAAUUCCGAAAUACUGCAAGAUUGAGCCUCCCACUGCUAAUUUUCAAUAGACAGAUGAAUAACAGCCUGUCCUGAUAAAAUGUUAACCAAUCAUUGAUAUUUUUGGGCUUUAUAAUUUACAAUUGUUUUCAUGGAUUAUUGUCAGUUGCUGUCUCAGUCUGUUUUUGCUUACCAUUCAAUGUACAUUAUUGCCUUUCAUUUUGAAUUCUAAAGAAUUUUAAAUUCUCUUUGUUAAUGGAAAAAUUAAGGACUAAAUGCUGCAAUUUUUCCACUGCUUUCUGUGUUUUAAUAAUAAAACUGCAUCAUGACAUUGAAGGAAUCCCAAUCAGACAGACAUGCCACGAAAGCAUAGCUAACAUGCCCUUAUGUGUGAAUUAACCUGCUGUGCUUUUCUUUUUUAUUUCUGCUUUCAAGCAAUUUUUAAAUCUGCACCAACCUUUUAGAGUGCACUCAGCUCAAGUUAAUAGAAAUUACUAGGUUGAAUGAAGCUCAUGUUCAGGAUAACUGGUUUAUGGUUAACAUUUGCAAAUAUACAUUGGCAAUAAAUCACCCAUUUGAUAUUACCUGCGGCUUUAUUUUUCUAUGCAAUAAAAAUCAGGAUCAAUCUUUGCUUGUUUACCACUUGUGAUAUUCAGCUUGAAUAACUUUUUUAAAGCAAGUUUUUUUCCUACUAAGUGCCUUAGCUGAUGAAAAUAGAAUUACAUUUAUAUGUUGAGAAAUGAGAGUAUAUAAUGGAAACUGCAUUCUUAGAUCCAGUGUACUUCCAAUCAUACCAUGCAAAGAAUGUUUGUGAAGAUAUUUUUAAAGGAAUCUCAUCUCAAUGGCUUAGUAAACUGUUUUUCAUUCAGUUUGUGCAUCUAGUUAUUCUUUUCUAAAAUGAUGUUCCAAAAAAUGCUGGACAAACCCUAGAGGUUGAUCGGGGCCUUGAAAAGAGAGUUUAAUAUUUCAUUAAGGCAUGCAGUGCAUUUAUAAUAUUUCAUGUUUCAUAUUUUCAAAACUUGUUGUAUCUUCUCUUUAAAUAUAAAUUUAUCUUUAUCAUGUG